AUGGGUGAUCACGACCGAGGAAAGUCCCUAUCAAUUUCAUCAAUGUCAGAAUGUACAAGUUCAAAUAAAAUGAAGCCAGCUCUGACUCCCAGGAAAAGUAGCACAGUUCCAGAGCGUACUGGACACGUUUCAGUUUUAGUAGAAAAGUUUAUGAUAGUAUGGGGAGGAUACAAUGAUGAUUAUGAUCCAUAUCAUCUAGCUUAUCUUCCCCCACAUGAAGUCUGGCUUUAUGAUACAGAAUUUAAAGUUUGGUUUGUAAGCAAGAAUAGGGACAUUAUCCCCGUACCAGCCUCGGGAUGCUCUGCCUGUGCCCAGGGGGACUACAUGUACGUGUUUGGAGGACAUUCUGGACUUGGGUAUCUGAAUACUCUAUACAAGCUUCAUCUGAGCACUCUACAGUGGGAAUUAGUGACCCCCGAGUCCUCUAGUCCAUCACCCAGCCCCAGAGACAAAACUGUGUCUUGGUUCUAUGAUAAAAAGUUUUAUACAUUUGGUGGAUAUGGAAUGAUAGAUUACUCUAAAGACAACCUGUUUUUGGAAGAAGUCAGGUCAUUUUGUCAGGAUGAAACAUCUGAUCUUAGAGGUUGGAACAACCAAUUAUGUGUUUUUGACUUCAUCACUAUGAAGUGGAGUAUAGCUGAGACAAAGGGACAAAAGCCGUCAGCUAGAGCUGCACACUCGGCUGUACGUUUUGGCUGUAAGGUGUUUAUUUUUGGAGGAAGACACAUGAAUCUCCGACUGAACGACCUUCACUGUUUGGAUCUAAGUACAAUGACCUGGAGUGGGAGUCUGUGUGUGAGCAGUGAACAGCCAGAGGGAAGAUCUUGGCACACUGCCAGUGCUGUUUCAACCAAUCAAAUGUUUGUGUAUGGUGGCUUCAACAACAACUGCGUACCAUUAAGUGAUGCUUGGAUCCUUGAUGUGGCCUCCCUGAGUUGGACUCAGUUAACCCAUUUUCCGACCAAUAAACCACGCCUUUGGCACACAGCAUGUGUCACCCAUAACCAGGAAGUUCUUGUGUUUGGGGGAUGUGGAAACAAUAUCCUCGCAAACGAGGAAGAGAGUCAAGUGGACCACAGGAAUGAUAUACUUUUGUUUCAGUUGCAACCUUACACAUUAAGUAGACUUUGUUUAGAAUGUGCGUACAGACAUCGUGUCAGGUUAGGGGCUCAAUGGGACUCAUUACCACGGCAGUUCUCUGAUUGGUUAAACCGUAAAGAAGACCUUGACAUUCAGUUAUUGAUGUCCACUGACACAGGUUCAGAAUCACACUCGGACUCAGACAGUGAGGGGGGUACCACUCGCACAGGACAGACUUGUGUCAUAUCAUAGUGUAUAUAGACCAGUGGUAACCAAAGUGGAAAUGUUCAAGCUGGUUACUGGAACAAGUGAAUCAAAAGAUUUUGCAUUACAAACAGCAUUCCGAAUUUUUGUCUGUGAUGACUUCAUUACAGGAUAUUAAUGCUUUUUUUCCAAGUAUUGGUAUAUCUUACCUUUCCAAGAUCAUGGGAUUUUUCUAUUUUUUUUUAAUUAAUUUUUUUAUGUAUGUAAAAACCUUUAUUUUCGGGAAUCAAAGGUUGCAAUAUUACUCUUAAGUUUAAGACAAAAAGUAAACUGCCUGCUUUGUU